AUGUCGCCGAGGCUGGCUCCGUUCCCUCGCCCUGAUGCCGCGGUUGUUGGCUUGCGUAAAUUGCGUUACAGCUUCUCCGCUCCGUUCCCGUCAGCUGUCGAGAGUGUCACUGUCCGAUGGAUGCCCUUUUGUCCUAUCCGUUUAGUUGCUACGACGGGGUACAAAUCCGGCCGUGACGAAGGGCCGCUGGUUUCAACGCCUGAGCUCCAUAAGCAUUUCCUUGCGUUUCUCUUGUGCAGAGCACCUUCGUCCAUGUCGAUGGCGGUAGGACCAGCCGGCGACCUACCCGGCACGACGGCCUUGCCCAGCGACGUUGCUCCUGCCGUUCCGGCCGUGGCCGACGAGCAUAUAUGCGUCGACGUUUCUCGGCUGCAAUCCAACGCCACCUCCCAGGUCGCGCUCGUCGGCACCGACUUCUGCCCCAUCGAGAGCCUCGACUACGAGCUGAUCGAGAACGACGUGUUCAAGCAGGACUGGCGGGCGCAGGGGCGGGGCCACAUCCUGCGCUACUUCGCGCUCAAGUGGGCGCUCUGCUUCCUCGUCGGCGCGCUCACCGCCGCCGCCGCCUUCGUCGCCAACCUCGGCGUCGAGAACGUCGCCGGGGCCAAGUUCGUCGUCACCUCCAACCGCAUGUUCGCGCGCAGGUUUGAAUCGGCGUUUCUGGUCUUCCUGUUUUCGAAUCUCCUGCUCACCAUGUUCGCCACGGUGCUGACGGUGUACGUGGCGCCUGCGGCCGCCGGCUCCGGCAUCCCGGAGGUGAAGGCCUACUUGAACGGCGUCGAUGCACCCAACAUUUUCUGUUUUAAGACUCUGGUGGUGAAGGUUGUGGGAUGCAUUGCUGCAGUAUCAUCAUCACUGCAUGUGGGAAAAGCUGGUCCUCUGGUACACACAGGUGCAUGCAUUGCAUCAAUACUUGGGCAAGGUGGCUCGCGUAAAUAUCGCAUGACAUGUAAAUGGCUAAGGCACUUCAAGAAUGAUAGAGAUCGGAGGGACCUUGUCACUUGUGGUGCCGGUGCUGGUAUUGCUGGUGCUUUCAGGGCUCCAGUCGCUGGAGUUCUUUUUGCUCUGGAAACAGUGUCUUCACGAUGGAGGAGUGCCCUACUCUGGCGAGCUUUCUUCACAACAGCAGUUGUUGCCGUUGUCCUUAGGGCAUUAAUAGACAUCUGUAAAAGAGGCCGGUGUGGCUUGUUCGGGAAAGGCGGUCUUAUAAUGUUUGAUGUGACUUCGGGCUAUGUCAACUAUCAUGUGAUUGAUUUACCUCCGGUAAUCACUCUAGCAGUUUUUGGAGGAGUACUGGGAAGCCUGUACAACUUCUUCCUCGACAAGGUUCUUCGUCUCUACAAUGUUAUCAACGAGAAAGGUCGAACUUACAGACUACUCCUGGCUGCAACAGUCUCCGUCUGUACUUCAUGUUGCCUCUUUGGCUUGCCAUGGCUUGCAGCUUGCAAACCAUGCCCAGCUGACUCAAGAGAAGCUUGUCCAUCAAUAGGGAGAUCUGGAAAUUUCAAGAAGUUCCAGUGUCCAAUGCAUAACUACAAUGACUUGGCUAGCCUGUUCUUUAACACCAACGAUGACACCAUUAGAAACCUCUACAGUAAUGGCACUGACCAUGAGUUCCAUAUCACCUCGAUCCUUGUGUUCUUUAUUGCAUCAUAUUUUCUGGGCAUUUUCAGCUAUGGCCUUGCCUUACCAUCUGGCCUUUUCGUACCUGUUAUUUUAACUGGUGCAGCUUACGGUCGUCUGGUUGGCAUGCUGAUUGGGUCGCAAUCAACUUUGGAUCAUGGUCUUUUUGCGGUUCUUGGUUCUGCUGCCCUUCUAGGUGGAUCGAUGAGAAUGACUGUCUCAGUUUGUGUUGUCAUCCUAGAACUGACAAAUAAUCUGCUGAUGCUUCCUCUGGUUAUGCUGGUCCUUAUCAUAUCAAAGACAGUGGCAGAUGCUUUUAAUGCAAAUGUCUAUGAUCUGCUUGUUAAAUUGAAGGGUUUUCCUUUUCUUGAAGGGCAUGCUGAACCCUACAUGCGACAACUGUCAGUUAGUGAUGUUGUAACUGGCCCUCUACAGACAUUCAAUGGCAUAGAGAAGGUUGGCCGUAUUGUGGAUACUUUGAAGGCAACCGAUCAUAAUGGUUUCCCUGUGGUUGACGAGCCACCAUUUUCAGACACUCCUCUGUUAUAUGGUCUAGUUCUUCGGUCGCACCUGCUUGUUCUAUUGAGGAAGAAAGAGUUCAUCAGUAGUUCCACAGCUUCAGCAUCAGAUGCUUCAAAGCAUUUCUCACCUGAGGAUUUCGCUAAACGUGGUUCAGGAAAGCAUGACAGAAUUGAGGACAUUGAACUGACUGCAGAAGAACUGGAAAUGUUUGUAGACUUGCAUCCUUUCACAAACACAUCCCCUUACACUGUGGUUGAGACCAUGUCCUUGGCUAAAGCUCUUAUACUUUUUCGUGAAGUUGGAUUAAGACACCUUUUGGUUCUUCCAAAAACUUCCAAGAGGGCGCCUGUUGUUGGCAUAUUAACACGGCAUGACUUCAUGCCUGAGCACGUACUGGGUCUCCAUCCGUACCUGUUCAAGAGCAGAUGGAAGAAGAAGGGUUUCCAUUGCAACCUACAAUGA